GCAAGUGGUGGUUGAAGGCUCACUUCCACAUCCGUUCGCUUUAACGUUGUUUGGAGACACUUUAUAUUGGACAGAUUGGAACACUCAUUCCAUUCACGCAUGCAACAAAUACACUGGAGAUUAUCGCCGGGAAGUGCACCGCAAUAUUUUCUCUCCUAUGGACAUACAUGUAUUUAACCAGCAGAGACAACCUAAUGCUACAAACCCCUGUGGCAGCAAUAAUGGUGGUUGUUCCCAUUUGUGCCUGAUGUCUCCAAUCAAACCCUUCUUUCAGUGUGCCUGUCCAACUGGUGUCCAGCUACUCGAAGAUGGAACAAUGUGUAAAGAUGGUGCCUCUGAAUUAUUGCUGUUGGCUCGACGAACUGACUUAAGGCGGAUAUCUCUAGAUACUCCUGAUUUUACAGAUGUCAUCUUACAGCUGGAUGAUAUCCGCCAUGCAAUUGCUAUAGAUUAUGAUCCAGUGGAAGGGUAUAUAUACUGGACUGAUGAUGAAGUACGUGCUAUCAGGCGUGCUUAUCUGGAUGGCUCAGGAAGUCAGUUUGUUGUCACCUCCCAAAUUAACCACCCCGAUGGCAUUGCUGUAGAUUGGGUGGCAAGAAACCUGUACUGGACCGAUACUGGCACAGACCGUAUUGAAGUAACUAGAUUGAAUGGGACAAUGCGCAAGAUUCUAAUUUCUGAGGAUCUGGAUGAACCAAGAGCAAUUGUGCUUGACCCAAUGUCUGGGCACAUGUACUGGACAGACUGGGGAGAGAUUCCAAAGAUAGAACGUGCCGCUUUAGAUGGAUCAGACAGAGUUAUCCUUGUUAACACUUCAUUGGGCUGGCCAAACGGUUUGGCCCUGGAUUACAAAGAAAGAAAAAUGUACUGGGGAGAUGCAAAAACUGAUAAGAUAGAGGUUUGUAUGUAAAUGCGUUAAAAUGUUAACCGCCAUA